GAAUUGAGUUCAUUUCCUUCUCUGGAUGUAAAACUAUUAUGAAUUGAUUUCGAUUUGGGGUAUUGAAAGAUUAUUGUUAUUGUUAGGGUUUGCUGGUCUUGAUUCCGGGUUGAAGAUUUCGUAGAACUGGAGGGUUCUGAGGAAAAUAGUUGAUCUCAAGUUAGAAGAAGAUAAAACAAGGAUAUUGGUUGUUUUGAAGUGAAAUAUUCAGAUUAUACUAAGUUAAGUGAUGGAUGGAUCAAAUGGAGGUUCUAAUGCUCCGGCGCCUUUUCUGGUGAAGACAUAUGAGAUGGUAGACGAUCAUUUGACGAAUCCUGUUGUUUCUUGGAGUCAUACUGGGCAUAGUUUUGUUGUGUGGAAUCCCCCGGAGUUUGCUCGAGAUUUGUUGCCUAAGUAUUUCAAGCACAACAAUUUCUCCAGCUUCAUCAGGCAACUCAAUACAUAUGGUUUUCGAAAAGUUGAUCCUGAUCAAUGGGAGUUUGCAAAUGAAGAAUUUAUUCGUGGACAGAGACAUCUUUUAAAGAAUAUACACCGGCGUAAGCCCAUACACAGCCACUCGGGUCAAGGAAAUUCAGUUCCAUUAACUGAUGUAGAAAGAGAGGAGCUAGAAAAGGAGAUUGACAAGCUAAAAUACGAAAAGGUUCAGCUUGAGUCAGAGGUUGAGAGGCAUGUACAGGAGAAUCGGGGAUACGAAUAUGAAAUUAGGUCGUUAGGACAAAAGUUGCAAAAUAUUGAUCACAGGCAGCGGCAGUUAAUGACAACCUUGGCCCAUAUGUUGCAAAAAUCUAGAUAUGUCUCAAAUCUUGUGGAACAGUCGGAGUCAAAUAACAAAAAGAGAAGGUUAAUAGCUUUGAAUUAUUUGCAAGAUGAAGCCACACAAGGAGAUAGCCAAAUUAUGACUUUCCGAGCAGACAAUCCAAGAACUUCAACUCUUCCAUUGUUAAACUCGGAAUUAGUUGACAAGUUGGAUUCAUCACUGAACUUUUGGGAAACGUUUGUUCAUGAGAUUGAUCAAAUUCCAUCUGAAAAAUUGCAAGAUUUUAGUGUGCUUCCACUCCCUUCACCAGUCACUAUUACAGAUAUGCCUGUAUCGUCGGGAGAGUCGGAUUUAAUUGGUCAAGCUUGCUCACCGAACUGUCAUAUAUCCUCAUCUCCUUCAAGAGAUCUUCAUUCUUCCCCCGAGCUGGCUGCAUGUUCGACACAUGUUGACAGCCCAGCAAUAUCAUCUGUUUGCAUCGACCUAGAUUCCCGGCCCAAACCAUCAGGAAUUGAUGUGAAUGUGAGCCCAGCUAAUGCUCAUGAUAUUGACAUGUCAAAAGACCUUAAACAAGACAGAAUCGUUCCUUCUUUGUUGGCCGGGCCUAAUGAUGUCUUUUGGCAACAGUUUCUUGUGGAGGCUCCUGGUUUGUCCGAGACUCAAGAAGUGCAAUCUGAAAGAAGAGAUUUAGAUGAUAGGCGGGAUCCUGGUGCCUCAUUAGAUGCCCGCAGAGCUUGGUGGAAUGUAGAGAAGCUUAUCCCUCAGAUGGGGCAUUUUGCUUGAGUUGAGAGCCUAAUUUUGCAAUAAAAUCUCAUUGGCUGGCCAGAGAUAGUAAACUCUAUGAAGGUUCCAUGUUGUAAUGGUAUAUAUUAGAUGGACGUGUUUUAGGGUCUUGAAUUUACUUAUAUUUUCGAGUUUUCCUGUACAUUUUCUUUUGUAUCUUCACAAUAGCAGAUUAAACGUUUUGUUGAGUUAUGUAGCCAAAUAGUGAGAGCCCUCUGGUUUUCUCUUCGGUUUGGUAAAUUCUACAUGAUGUAUGAUACUGUAGAUUCUCCUUGCUGUGGUUCUUUCAAGUAAAUGCUUAAGCAAAUAAACACUUCUCUUGCAUCCA